UGUGUGAGGUCCCGUGAUGAAUUUCAUUGGAACUUCCAACAGCCAGGAAAGACUGAUGUUUCCUGCUUCUCUUGCUUGACAGAACGACAGGGUCUGACGGUUACAUAUUAGACUUUCACUUUCUCCGGUUCUCUACCUGGAAGUCUUUUUUAUCAUCUUCACAAACAGGACUAAUGUCACGUCAUUCUGCGACGCUGUAGAACGGAACAUCCUCUGUUGGGAAAAUAAAUGAGUGCAAAAGUACUGUAAGCUCCUCCUUAGGUUCGUUUUUAAUGACACUUCUCUGUCAGCGACCCAGAGUGGACAUGGAGCAGUUGUGGACUUGAUGUCUCACCCUGGAGGACACAUUACUUGACAACCUUCCACCCCUGAAUGCCAGCAGUUCCAAACAUGGAGGAGCAGGCCAGCCUCCCCAACGUCAGCAUCCCCUGCCAUAACGAGCAGCGGGACAAGAAGAAGCGCUACACUGUGUACAAAGUGAUGGUCUCUGUUGGACGACAGGAGUGGUUUGUCUUCAGGAGAUACGCUGAAUUUGACAAACUCUACAACACAUUGAGAAAACAGUUUCCAUCCAUGAACCUGAAAAUUCCAGCCAAGAGAAUUUUUGGGGAUAAUUUUGACCCUGAGUUCAUCAAGCAAAGAAGAGCAGGGCUUCAUGAGUUCAUCAAGAGAAUUGUUUCACAUCCCCAGCUUUCUAACCAUCCAGAUGUGAGGGGAUUCCUGCAGAUGGAUAAAAUGCAAAGUCUUUCCGACGCCUCUGAGGACGAAGAUGACAAAAACAACUCUACCUCCAGAAAUAUUAAUCUUGGACCUUCUGGUAAUCCACAUGCUAAGCCUUCAGACUUUGACUUUUUAAAGGUCAUAGGGAAGGGCAGUUUUGGAAAGGUUUUUCUGGCCAAGAGAAGACAUGAUGAAAAGUAUUACGCAGUCAAGGUCCUACAGAAAAAAGUCAUUCUCAACAAAAAAGAGCAAAAACACAUCAUGGCAGAGCGUAACGUGCUGCUGAAGAACGUCAAACACCCUUUUCUGGUGGGCCUUCAUUAUUCCUUCCAAACAGCAGACAAAUUGUACUUUGUCUUGGAUUUCAUCAAUGGAGGAGAACUUUUCUUCCAUCUUCAAAAAGAAAGGACCUUUCCAGAACCCAGGGCCAAAUUCUACAUUGCUGAAAUGGCAAGUGCCCUGGGAUAUUUGCACUCUCUCAACAUAGUUUACAGAGACUUAAAGCCAGAAAACAUCCUCCUUGACCAAGAAGGGCAUAUCAUAUUGACAGACUUUGGCUUGUGCAAGGAAGGCAUUUCCCUGACAGACACCACUACUACAUUUUGUGGAACACCUGAGUAUUUGGCUCCAGAGGUUCUAAGGAAGAAGCCAUAUGAUAACACAGUAGACUGGUGGUGUUUGGGUUCAGUUCUCUAUGAAAUGCUCUUUGGUCUGCCACCCUUUUACAGCAGGGACACACAUGAGAUGUAUGACAACAUCCUCCACAAGGAGCUUAUGAUGCGUCCAGGAGCUUCAACCGCAGCUUGGUCUUUGCUCUGGGGUCUGCUGGAAAAAGAUGGCACACAAAGACUAGGGUCCAGGGAUGACUUUAAUGAGAUCAAAGCACACGACUUUUUCUCCUCCAUCAACUGGAACGACCUUGAACAAAAGAAGAUUCCUCCUCCGUUCAUACCUAAAGUGAGCUCUUACAGUGACAUCUCAAACUUCGACCCAGAGUUUACUGAUGAGAUGGUCUCCAGCUCCAUCUAUUGGACCCAAGAACAUUCCAUUGUCAACGCUAGCGUGAUGGAGGCUGAUGAUGCCUUUGUGGGCUUUUCCUACGCGCCACCUUCUGAUGACGCUUUCCAAUAAAAACAUUCCCAGUGAAGUCUUCAAAUUCCUUAACAUUGAUAACAAUAUCUUUUAAAGAAAGGGAUAAAAAAAAUUGAAUGCACGCAUGGAUGCAAUCAAUUUAUCAAACCAAAGCCUGGAGUAAAGUAGAAACAGCACUUAAGCAUAUUUCAAUUUGAGUAAAAGAGGCCUUUAUUUUUUACUGAUACAUAUUUAUAUAAAUAAAUAUAUGUUUAUAUAUAACAUAUGUUUUGACAAAAUACAAAUGACCAUUUGUAGAGGUGUCAGAAAUGAGCCUUCAUAAUACCGUAACAUGUCCCUAAAAAACUUGAACAAUUCACUGGACUUAAAAUAACGUAAUCCGACUCAUCACUCUAGGGUUUUCUAUAUCUUUGUAUUUACUAUAAAAAAUGUAUUCACAUUAUCUAAAUUUUCUAAAUUGUGAGUACUUGAAAACCACCCUUAAUAUGCAUUUUAGUUGACAGCUUACAUUUUAGAAAGCAACUACAUGCUUUUUCAUGUACUUUUUAGUACAGAACAAAAGCCUCUUGGUUAGAAUUCAGUCUUAUCAUAAUAUUUUGAAAAAUGUGAGAAUACAAGUAUUAAAGUCAGUAUUCUGACUUCUUGGAAUUUAAAACAAUAAAACUUUAAAAUUAGAAUUGUAACUUUAGGUAAAAAUAUGUAUUUUAUAUUUCCACAAAAAUGAAGAAAAACAUUUUUUGAACAUAUAAAGUGACCUAAAUCUUCUUGCUGUAAAUUCUGUCAAUGUUAUUUUGGCCUUGCCAUUGAAGUGUACUUGUACAUUUGAAAUAUAUAACUUGCCUUGUACUUAAGAGGUCAAACAAACAAUAAAAUUUAAACAAGUGAAAAAAAA